AGACAAAAAUCUUAAGAACUACUCAGAAAAGGAAGACCUUACUCAGGAAUGAUGUCCAUUCAGCAGAAGUCAAAAGAAAAGUCCUCUAAAAGUAUUAAAAAAAGUGAAGACAAGAAUUUAGAAACUCAGAUUCAAAGUUCUCAAAAGAAUGUAGCCAAAAAAUUAGGUCCAAAGGAAACUGUGCAAUCACUCAUUAAAUCUUCCAGUGAAAAGAAAGCAAACCCACCUGAAUCUGGAAUACGCAUGAGUACCAGGUCUGCAAAGGCAGCAUCUGGUGAUAAAACAGCUAAGUCUGCUGAUAAAAAUAUGGUGACUGUGAAAAGACAUUCACAGGAAGAUUCUACAAAAAAGAAAUUAUCAGAGAAAAAGAAGAAAACAGCACAUGAAACCUUGAAACCAAAUGAACAGUGUAAUCGGAGGUCACAAAGACUGCAACAGUUAACAGAAGUUUCAACAAGAUCUUUACGCAGUAGAUCUAUUCAAGGUCAAGUUCAAGCAAUCAAACAAAGUUUGCUGCCAGUAAGAAAAGAGCCCAGUAGCAAUACUACUACUACUGCUACUACUACUAAAGUUAAAACAAAUAAAAAACAUGUGAAAAGGAAAGUACUGGAAAUAAAAUCUGGUUCCAAAGAGGAUGAAAAUUCAGGAAUUAGUGAAGUAAAUUCCCCCAAAGGAAAAAAGCGCAAAAUAGAGCAUCAGGCAGCUGGUACUUGUAGUUCUCAGUGCAUUCAAGGGUCAGAAAAAGGUCUUCAGAAGACUUCUAGGAAAGAAGAAACAAAGCCUGUGCCUGCAACUUCUUCUGAGGGAAAAGUAUCAAAAACAAUUGCUUCAGUGGUGGUCCCUAAAAAGAAUGAGAAAAUUAAAAAGUCAGUUCGUACACAAGGGAAUACUAGUGCAAACCCCCAAAAAAGUCCACAGCCGUCAGUGCCUGAACAGAGUGUGGAUGAUGAGCUGGAGCAAGCAGGAAAGAGCAAACGAGGUAGCAUUCUCCAGCUGUGUGAAGAAAUCGCUGGUGAAAUUGAGUCUGAUACUGUAGAGGUAAAAAGGGAAUCUUCACAGGUGGAAAAUACAGAGGAAGAGAAACCUACAGAAGUAAAAUUGGAGGAGACUGAUGGUGUAGGACAAAUACUCCACCAGAAGGAGACAAAUCAGGAUGUGCAGUGUAAUCGUUUUUUCCCUAGUAGGAAAACAAAGCCUGUGAAGUGUAUACUAAAUGGAAUAAACAGUGCACCGAAGAAGAACUCCAAUUGGACUAAAAUAAAACUCUCCAAAUUCAACUCUGUGCAGCAAAAUAAAUUGGAUUCUCAAAUUUCCCCCAAAUUGGGCUUAUUACGAACUAGUGUUUUACCACCAGCUUCAGAAUUACAUCAUCCAGUGACUCAGAGUACAUCUUUAGGGACAAAGCCACAUGGUGAUAAAAACAUCAUUUGCUGGCAGGAAAAAAUGGAAGAAAAUUCUGAAGAAGUUACAAGUAAUGAUAAAGUGGAAAUUAACAGAGCCACAGAAAAGGCUCCUGCAAAUUGUUUGGAUAAUCAGAUAAAACUUUCUACGGAACUACCAUUGUUGGAUAAUCAGAUGAAACAAUCUAUUACAUCAGCACCAGAGAAGAAUUUUAGUUUGUGUUUGAAAUCCAAGCUUGAAAAUACUUCAGUGGAAAGUACAACUGCUGCUGCUGCUGCUCCAACUAUGCUUAAUCAAGUAAAAAUUGAUACAGAAGAGAGUACAUGUCUAGGUUCAGCUUCUGAACAGCAUAGUAUAUUAAAUAACCAAACAUCUAACAACAGUGAUAAUGGGGAAAUACCACCAGAUUCUUCUUGGCCUCAGUGCAAUUCUCAUUUGGAGAUAAAAAUACCAAAGGACUUAAAACUAAAGGAAGCAGAGAAAGCUGAUGAAAAACAGUUGAUCAUAGAUGCAGGACAAAAAAGAUUUGGAGCCGUUUCCUGUAAUAUUUGUGGAAUGCUUUAUACAGCUUCAAAUCCAGAAGAUGAAACACAGCACCUCCUCUUCCACAACCAGUUUAUAAGUGCUGUGAAAUAUGUGGGCUGGAAAAAAGAAAGAAUUUUGGCUGAAUACCCUGAUGGCAGGAUAAUAAUGGUUCUUCCAGAAGACCCCAAGUAUGCCCUGAAAAAGGUUGAUGAGAUUAGAGAGAUGGUUGAUAAUGAUUUAGGUUUUCAGCAGGCUCCACUAAUGUGCUACUCCAGAACGAAAACACUUCUCUUUAUUUCUAAUGACAAAAAAGUUGUCGGCUGCCUAAUUGCAGAACAUAUCCAAUGGGGCUAUAGAGUUAUAGAAGAGAAACUCCCCGUUAUUGAAACAGAAGAAGAAAAACUUCGAUUUGAAAGGCAAAAAGCCUGGUGCUGUUCAACGCUGCCAGAGCCCGCUAUCUGUGGCAUCAGUCGGAUUUGGGUGUUCAGCAUGAUGCGUCGGAAGAAAAUUGCUUCCCGCAUGAUUGAAUGUUUGAGGAGUAACUUUAUAUAUGGCUCAUAUUUGAGUAAAGAAGAAAUUGCUUUCUCAGAUCCUACUCCUGAUGGCAAACUGUUCGCAACUCAGUACUGUGGCACUGGUCAGUUUCUGGUAUAUAAUUUUAUUAAUGGACAAAAUAGCACCUAA